AUGGUUAAGGCGGAUGUGAAACGCGACUACUAUGCGGAUCUGGACUUACCUCCCACCGCCGACACAGAGGACAUCAAGAAGCAAUUCAGAUAUCUGGCAAAACAAUAUCACCCGGACAGAAAUCCCGGCCAUGAAAUCGAGGUUGUGCCCAAGUUCCAGGCUGUACAGGCUGCCCAUGAGAUCUUGAGCGAUCCUGUUCAGAAGUCUAAAUACGAUGCUGCUCGAGCCAGGAUAGCUGCCGUGAAUACAGCUGCUUCUGCCACCAACUAUUCUGAUCCAUACGGCUUCGCUAGGGCUGCAACUUCUAAGCCAGCAACCACAACACCACAGUUUCCGUUUCCUCCUCCACCAAAGGCGAAUGAGAAGCGCACAGCUCCACAGACUCCUAAAUCUCAAGGCUCUCGUGGUGCGGAGAAGUUCAAUGCUUUCGUUCGGGGUGCGCCGCAGUCCUGGGAUAGAGCCAGAUUCGAUGAUGCCAGAGCAGAAGCGGCGCGUGCCUUCCCAAACAUGAGGACUACCCAAUCUACACAGCAGAUGCCACCACGGCCGCCUCGUCAGGCUCCUACGGCGCCUAAGCCGCCGCAUUCUGCUGACACUCCGCACCUUCCAAAUGUCCCACCUACGACUUUUCCUGGGCUGUCAAGGACGCAAAGCACCAGGAGUGGUCAUGGGCCAAGCGCCUACGGAUCUGACGAUUAUUCAGCUGCGCGUUCAGCCUACUCCCAUGUCCGAGGACGAGGUGGACCGCCUCCAAGCUCUCACCCGCACCCUCAUGACGCACAUACGAUGCAUUCACCACCAAGAUCUCGAGCAAGACCUGCUGUCAGCCCUCUACGACAGGCGCGUUCGACGGAAUAUCACCAUAUGAGGAAUGAAUCAGCUGGAGAUAUCAGACCAUCGUCCAGAUAUGCCGGCGUCGGUGGUGAGAGGACUGAUUUACACGGCGAGGGCCUUCAUCGCUCUGCAAGUGUUCGAAAUUCGCCGGUGGAUCCUCAUUGGGACGAUCGCGGCCCCUUUGGCAAGCCAAAUGCUCACUUCGAGCAUGUUCCCCGACACCGAAGCGCAAGUCCAGGCAUGAGGCCAGCUGGUAAACAUGCAGAAUAUUCGUCCGAGUCUUCGUCGAGCGAUGAUGAAGAGCUAAACAUCAACAACAGGCCGAAGGCCCCCCUACGAACUCGACCCAGACCACAACAGACAAAACCUACCAGUGAUAACAAUCCAGGUUUAACGGGUCAAUUUCCGAAUACUAAUUAUACUAGAAUUGUCGACCACAGUCAGUACAAUUUUCCUGCUCCAGAAGCCCGAGAGCCGCUACGCAGACCUUUCCCUGAUAUGCCAUCGCCUGCUGGUGAGACUCCGAUGCAUGGUGCGCAUGGAAUAGGAGGAAAGUCAGACGGACCCAAGUAUGCAUCCCCUUGCAAGGCUUCUUACCCCUGGUCUCAAAAUCCCAAGUCCGGCCGUGCUCCUUCGAGGGGAUACUCCUUCAAUGGUGUUCCCUCUUGGGCAGUACCGUCGAGUGUCUACCCGCAGUCGACGCCGACUCGGCGGCCUCAGACGCACAAGAAUGAUGACUUCAGUUCUGGGCAAACUCUGUUUUUAAAGACUGUCCCGUUGCAAUCUUUUCGCGCACGUGGUAGGAGAGCUAAUACAUUUGGCAGUCCCGAGCCAGCUUCUCCAUUGAAGUUCUCAGCAGCAGACUGGCAAGACAAGCUGAGUGCUGAUGAUAUCUUCCGUCCCUCAGACUCUCAGAUGCGCAAAUCGCCCUCCAAACUAAACCGCACGGGAAGCAAGCCUGCAACCCGAGGUAGAGGAAUGUCCAAGGGGAUUGAGCAGGAGGGUUCCCCGUCCGCUGAUAGUGCAACGAGCGCGGAAGCGAAUCACGGGGACGACAGCAAAGCACAAGCAUCAAGCGAUAAGGCAGCCGCCUUCCAGCAAGGGAAGCUGCCGCCAGACUGGGCUUCCACAAUCAAGACCACCGCAGCUCAACCACCUCGGCCGGAGACUGGUCGAAGUAGUCAAAACUCUACCUCUACAGUGGACUCGAGAGAUCAUUACGUGGUUGUUGAGGAAGACGCCAUGGAUGUUGAUGAUACACCGCCCGUCAACGGCCAAUCAGGCCAUUCAUCAAACGGUGGUCAACGGAGUAGUGCAGAAUUCCCUAAACCAGGUUCCAGACGAAGCUCCGUGAACGGUGGAGUUGAUCUGCGUGAAUUUACACAGCAGGCGCCCUUCGCACCUACGGCUGCAGGUCUGAAAGAUCUGGACGAUCUCGCAGCGAAUCUACCAUUUCAAUCAAAGCCAGCGGAAAAUCUUGAUGGCAGCAGCAAACCCUCGGCGAGACUGCGAGCGCUCAAUCUGCCGAAACCGCCAAAGGUGGUGGUACCGCCUGCGGCAGAUCGAUUGGAUCCGGCCAAUUUUAUGCAGUAUGUGGACAACAUGAACGUGUAUAUGCGAGAAUGGAAUUCGUUCAACGCCAAAAUGAUUGAACAUUUCCGAAACCGACAGGACCGCGUGUGUGGAACGAUGUCGCAGACCUGGAUCAGUCAGCAAGGUGACGGGCCUGGUGCCGACGAGUUGGACGAAAAUGGGAAUCAGAAGGCAGGAUAUGCUGCUUACAUACAGUGGUUGAAGGACGAUGCACAGUGCCGAGAGUGGUGGGAUCAUGCUAACGAGAACCAUAUGCAGUGUUUGGAAGAUUUGGGCCGCGCUAGGGAGGUUGCGAAGAAGAAGCUACGUCCAGCUUGA